AUGACAAGUCAAAAAGACCAAAAAGAACAAAAACAAGAAGGAAUGUUCGGAAGAGGUUGCAUACUUUUUCUAUUAACAUGUUCAAUAGUGUUUUAUUUGUGUUUUGGUUUCUUUGUAUAUCAUGCCAUGUUUAGCUUGUCUGAUAAUUUCUACAUUGAAGGCUAUAUGAAGAGUAGAAAUAAUACAAUAUUUGGAUUGGAAACUUUUAUAAAUUGUAGUGAUUGGACUCAUUCAGUGAAAGAAAAACCAUUCUUACAAGAAUUGAUUAGACAUUCUAAUUCUAUUAAAGAUAGUAUCAAUAUUACUGAUAUUAAAUUUAAAAGUAGAGCUACAAGUGACAUUCCAUAUGAAUUAGAAAUGAAUGGUAGAUUAUAUCAAUUACCUAAAAAGAGUAAGAAACUUAUUUUACUAGUUCAUGGAUUUAGAAUGAGACAAAAUCACUAUACUAUCAUUAUUCCAAUUCAAAUGUUAUUGAAAGCAUUCCCUGAUGGUGAAUAUGAUUUCAUGACUAUGGAAUAUAGAAAUCAUGGUUUUUCACAAAAAGAAUAUCCAAGUAAUCUUCUUCCAGAUAAAUCGUACAGUACUUAUGGAAGUAUAGAAUAUGCUGAUGUUUUGGGAGCUAUUACCUAUGCUAGAAAUCUUGGAUAUGAAGAAAUUGGCCUAUAUGGUCCAUCAAUGGGUGGUGCUACAAUUAUGAAUGCCUAUUUGAGAUCAAAUUCACAAGAUAAUAUUAGAGCUCUAUUCUUGGAUAGUCCUGCUUGUGAUAUUGAAUUCACUUUACAAUCUAAUUUAUAUAGAGUUUUGGGAUAUGCUCUUGGUCACUCGGAUAAAUUAUAUGUUGAAUCAAAGAGAAUGAAAAUUGGUCAAUACUUGUUGUGGCCAGCUGUCAAACUUAUGGGUACAAUUUUGAAAGGAAAUCAUCCACAUGGUCCUUAUCCUCCAUUCCUCAAUGAUGCUUAUCAUUUAUGGGUUAAAGAAGCAAAGAGUCCAAGAUCAUCUGACAAGUCAGUUGCUCUUCAUUUUGAUCAUCCUGAAAGUGAUAUUCUCGUUCCAAAAGAAAAUUCUGAAAGAUGCUCAGCUCUUGCCUCCUCCAUCUCAAAUCUCAAGGUUACUUCAUAUUAUGGAACAGUUAACUCUAAAGCUGCCAAGAGAACAUUCUCUGAAUGUAAAGACCAUUGUAUCUUACCAUUAUCUGAGCCUGAACAAUAUUAUGAAAGAUUGGUUAAAUUCUUUAAAGAAAAUUUAUAA